AUGACAAGCCAAAUCCCUUUGUCCAACAUCUCAACGCAGAAUGUCCUUCCGAAAGACACGCAUGGCUACCCAGAGCUUGCAAAGGUCAUGGGUGCCUAUAGAGGCAUGUCAAUCUACCUCCGCUUCGCAGACCUCAACGCUCGAGAUUUGCUAGUAUACCAAGCAGAGAUACUCCAGCUGGAACAACAACUCGAAGUAUAUGACCAAAUAGUUCCAUGGAGCAAGACCAAUAUUCUAAAGCCACUGACUGAGCAAAGAACGGACAUGGAGCAGGAGCACUGGAAUGCACAGAUGGGCUUACGGUCUAAACUGAAGGAUUACAACGAAACACUACUACGACAAGCAAAGAUCCAAGAACUCCAACAACCAAGUCCAUAUGACCUCAACAUUCUGACCCGCUGGCUAGAACACGAAAAGGGCGGCAACAACUUUUUGAAUGGCUUCGAAGACCUUCCAUGGACGGAAGAAAGAUCAUCAGACCUCAUAGCGCUGUCAAAGCGCGACCAAGAUCACCUCACAACAUGGACAGCCGAAAAUCUAGUCCCUUGGUUCUUCCGCAGGGGCAUAACAUCAAGGCAACCCCUCCCAGGCCAAGAAGAACUAGGCCUAACCCACCACUCCGACACCACCUACACAAAAACCUCCCGCCUAAUCUCCAUCCUGACAUCCUCUCUAAUUCCCUCCCUGGCAAUCCUAAUCCUUUACUUCAUACACAACCUCCUCGCACGCAUAUUCGUCGCCAUGGGAUUGAGUUUCCUGUUUUCGGUGGCUCUGGCAUUGUUGACGCAGGCGAGGGCGGCGGAGAUAUUCGCAAGUACUGCUGCGUGA